UGCUCGUGUUGACUUCAUCAUUCUCAUCCGGGUUGACUUCCGGUCACAGGAGAUCGAAGAUGGCGACUCACAUGUCGAGGUGCAGAUCCUGGAGUCGUGUCCAGAGGUUUGGGAUCGCCGCCUACAGAGAGUACAGCAGCGUCGGCAGAUACUCGAAUAUCUCCCUGUCCUCGCCGCUGCCUGGGAUCCCUAAGCCAGUGUUUGCAUCCGUGGAUGGUCACGAGAAAUACGAGACCAAGAUCACUACUCUAGAAAAUGGCCUCAAAGUUGCUUCACAAAACAAGUUUGGUCAAUUUUGCACAGUUGGAAUUUUAGUAAACUCGGGAUCCAGAUAUGAAGCAAAAUACCCAAGUGGAAUAGCACAUUUCGUAGAGAAACUUGCCUUUUCUUCUACAGCUCAGUAUGGAAGCAAAGAUGAAAUCCUGCUGACGCUGGAAAAGCACGGAGGAAUAUGUGACUGCCAAUCAUCAAGAGAUACAACCAUGUAUGCAGUGUCUGCUGAAGUGAAGGGUCUGGAUACAGUGGUUAGUCUUCUCUCUGAUGCUGUACUACAGCCUCGCCUACUGGAUGAUGAGAUUGAGAUGACCAGAAUGGUGGUGCGCUUUGAGUUAGAAGACCUAAACAUGAGGCCGGACCCUGAACCUUUACUCACCGAGAUGAUCCACGCUGCUGCAUAUCGAGGCAACACGGUCGGACUGCCGCGCUUCUGUCCCACAGAUAACGUGGAAAAGAUCGACAGGAAAAUGCUUCACAGUUACCUGAGUAACUACUACUGCCCUGAGCGGAUGGUGUUGGCCGGCGUGGGCAUCGAGCACGAGCAGCUGGUGGAAUGUGCCAGGAAGUACCUGCUGGAUGUGAGGCCGGUGUGGGGAGCGAGCGGCGUGUCCAACGUGGACCUGUCCGUAGCACAGUACACGGGGGGCAUCGUCAAGAUGGAGAAGGACAUGUCGGACGUGAGCCUCGGCCCCACCCCGAUCCCAGAGCUCACCCACAUCAUGAUCGGCCUGGAGAGCUGCUCCUUCCUGGAGGAGGACUUCAUCCCCUUCGCAGUGCUCAACAUGAUGAUGGGUGGAGGAGGCUCCUUUUCAGCAGGAGGACCCGGUAAAGGCAUGUUCACCCGCCUCUACCUGAACGUGCUCAACAGGCAUCACUGGAUGUACAACGCCACCUCCUACCAUCACAGCUAUGAGGACAGCGGUCUGCUGUGUAUCCAUGCCAGUUCAGACCCCAGACAGGUGCGGGAAAUGGUGGAAAUAAUAACCAGAGAGUUCAUUCAAAUGGCUGGAAACGCAGGAGAGAUGGAGCUAGCAAGAGCCAAGACUCAGCUCAAGUCCAUGUUGAUGAUGAACCUGGAGUCGCGGCCGGUUAUUUUUGAGGACGUCGGACGACAGGUUCUGUCCACGGGAAAGAGAAAACUGCCACAUGAACUGUGCGACCUAAUAAGCAACGUGACAGCCAGCGACAUUAAGAGAGUGACCACCAAGAUGCUGCGUAGUAAACCCGCAGUAGCGGCUCUGGGAGACCUGACGGAGCUGCCGUCGUACGAGCACAUCCAGGCCGCCCUGUCCAGCAAAGACGGACGUCUGCCCCGCAUGUAUCGUCUCUUCCGAUAGACUCACCUCCCUCCCACCACCACCACCACCACUAUGUGAACUGGCAAACAUCCCUGUAAAUAAGCUGAACUGGAAGAUCAAGUGUUCCCUCCUCACCCAGAGCUCCGCACAGCUCACCCAGGGGGGGGCUAAUCCUCUCAAGUGAACCUUUGCGACUGUGGAUUUUAAAGAGAAGGUACAUUUUACUCAGAUGUAGUCUACAUACGGUUGGAUUGUAUGUAUUUAUUGUUUGGUGGGCAUGAAGCCACGCGUCAUUAUUUGCUGAGGGUUUGCAGGAGUUGGGUUUUAAAGGGACAACCCCCACCCACGAGCAAAGUUAAGAGUAUUCAUUUCCUGUUUUAAAAAAACCUCGGUAUCGAUGUGUUUAGUUUUUACACAGAGGAAUCAGCAUAGAGACGAAAGGAGGACGGGUAACAUCCGCAGCACUGUCAAUGCUGUUACUUUUUAUUGAGCCAUUCGAUUUUUCAGUUUUACAGACGUUCCUGCUCUUAAAAAUUCACAGAGCUCCAACUCAGACCUUCUUUUUUUUUUCUCCAGAGCAGAUGAUGAAGAAACUGAAAAAUCGUACUAUUUAUACAAAAGCACUUCAUAAUCUCUAAAGGCUCAGGAGACACAAUUCACAGUGAUUGUUAGUGUUGAUACUCGUGGUAAAGACAUUGCUGGCCAACUGUACAUCUGUGGACUGAGAUCGACGCUCUGUGAAGAGACUGAACUCUACAGUCAAACCUUUUUCUGUAUUUUAUGUUUUUGUUGGUGUCCGUGUAGAUUUCAAUAAAAGGGGAUAAAUUUAA